AUGGCUCCCCGAAUAGAGGUUCUCAAUGACGGAGGAUUUCGAUCUGACGGCAGACGGCAAUACGAGCUACGAGAGAUAACUAUUGACCUGACUCAGCAAGGAGCUGCAGAUGGAGCUGCUACCAUCACUCAUGGUCUCACCAAGGUCAUGGUGUCUGUGUUCGGUCCACGCGAAGCUAAACUGCGCUCCCAAACAAUCCAUGACCGCGCCAACAUCAAUGUGGAAGUUACGAUAGCUGCUUUCAGCACCGGAGAACGAAGGAAACGAAAUCGAGGAGACAAACGAAUACUGGAACUUGCAGCAACCAUAAAAUCAACUUUCGAGCCUGUCAUUCAGACAAGUCUUUAUCCUCGUUCGCAAAUCGACAUUUUUGUUCAAGUGCUAGAACAAGACGGAGGACUUCUACAAGCAUGCAUUAACGGGGCUACUCUUGCUCUGUCAAAUGCGGGGAUCCCCAUGCUCGACUUCGUUUGUGCGGUGACUGGAGGAGUCCAACUAACCUCGCCUAUGUUGGACUUGACUCUACUGGAAGAAAACGAUAUGCCUCACGUCACAGUCGCUAUCCUCCCAAAAACAAGUAAGGCUACGUUGGUGACGAUGGAAACUCGAUUACAUGUCGAACGGUUUGAAGAGAUUCUCCGACUUGCAGGUGAAGCAGGGAAUAUCCUCCACCGCGUAUUCAAAGGAGCCCUGCGAAAUCGCACCACGAGGCUGGUUGCGUCAAUGGAUUCUGGGACAAGAGUAGCGGGAGAGGACGACGCAAUGGAAAGUUGA